AUGCUUGUUCUCCCGAUUUUCCUCCUUUCUCCACUGGUGUCUGGACAAUUGUCACUUUACGCAAGUGGGACUACGGUGCGAAGUACUGUAGGAUUACGAUAAUUUGUAGGCUGGACUCCUUCCGUCAUCAGAUAUUGUGAAACGCUCAAUUCGACCAACACGAGCGCCCCGUUCAUGGGCGGUGUCACUUGCGGAUAUUCGAGUUACAAUGCGAUGAGUGCAUGUAAGCGAUGUUUUCACAGAAAGUGGGCCUACAGUAAUCUGUUCUUUUUUUUCAGAUUAUUCGAUCGGAAUCACUUCGCAACUCUCACUCGGACUCAUCAAUGUUGGAUGGAUGACUACGUAGAUUUUUACAUUUUUUUUUGUUGAAAAAUAAGCAAUAAGCCAUAUUUUUACCAGAAUGGCUCUGUCAACCGAGUCGGGUUUCUGGAAGACGUGCAAAUCCUACAUGGUUCGCGUGUUCGACGGUCUUUAUAAUGACUUGAGUGAGUCCCAGUAACUAGAGUAAUCCGCUACCGUAACCUCACAGCCAGUGCGUGUGCUCUCACCGUAAACGGCCCGACGACCCUUCCUUCGUGCAAUGAUACCGCCGGAAACAUGCUCUACAGAAGCGGAAGCGGAUAUUGUAUGAAGGAGAAAGUGUGCGGCGCCACUGCUCUUAUAGACUUCCUCGCCGGACCCGCCAAUUCAUGUGAGACCACUUUGCAACCGUCUUCGGACACUUUACAACUGCGGAACAUCUGUCUUACGCGCUCUGUUCCUAAUCUGGCCGAGUUUUUUUUUGCUUUGCCACGAAGUAGCUUUCACCUUUCCAUUUGUCUUCAAACUCGGCCCCGAGAUCAUUUACACUGCAAAAGAGUUUCUCAACAGAUGAUAAGCGAAUUGUCCGUUUUGAAACUAACGGACACUUCGCAACCGAAAGUGUCCAGUUGCAAAACGAAACUCUCGUGGCGAUACCUGUGGUUUCAGCGGUGAUUUACUCGUGGGAAACGACGCGCACAACCGCGUUGGUGGCGGCCGGAUACACGAAAGUGGGCGUCUGUUACGGAUACGGAACACUUUCGAAUUCGGACCAAUCGAGUGCGAAUCUGCAGUUGGGAGACAGUUUUUAUUGA